UCCUCUAAAAAGUUGGCAACACUGAAGAGUGUUCACACACUAUAAUAAUAAAUAUUUUUUUAGUUGCCCCGGCAAAUUAACUGAAAAUGUUGAAAAACAUAUGUGUUGCUCAGUUCAAUCUGCUGAAAAGUGCAACCAGCCUGCAGCAACAAGUGCGAACCACGUUCGUCUUGAAGCGCAAAUAUGAUCCUCUGUUACACAAGACCAAUGAGAAACCUCGUCGAAUGCGGGCCAAGAACUUUAUCUAUGAGCUGGUUGAGGACACGCUCGUGAAGAAGCGGCCCAAUAUGGAGGUGGUGCUCAAGACCUUUGUCGAGGGCGUUGGCGACAAGGGCGACGUUGUCUCGAUGAAGCCGCAUUUCGUAUACAACAAACUGUUGCUACCUGGACUGGCGACCUACAAAACGCCGGAGAACAUUGCCAAGUAUGCAAAGACGGAGGCUGAAAUGUCCGUGGUGAAGCACAGUUCACCGUAUGCGCAACGCACUGUGAACAUGUUGGAGACCAUUGUGUUGGCUGUGGUCAUGAACAAGGACGAGCCAUGGGUCCUGGAGCCGUGGCACAUCAAGGCCUCCUUGCGUAAAGCCGGAUUCCAUUGCAGAGAAGAGUGCAUAACGCUGCCCAAGGAGCGCAUCGAAGGACCAGAUUUAAGAAAGGAAAACAAAGAAUUCUGCUGCACCAUAACGAUCAACAAACUGGAACAGGCCACACUAAAGUGCCGCAUACAUCACUGGAGUACUGAUCCCAGUGAACGAUUGCCCUACGUCCUGGAGCACUGGAAACUGCCAUCCGAGCCAUUGUUGGGACUAUCCGAUAAAACAGAAUCAACUGAGAAACAUGUUUAAGCCAUUGUUAAAUGCCUAGCAAAUAUAAUAAUACUGUUUAUCUUAUAAA